AUGUCAACAGUAAAAUCAAUUAAGCUGGUGCUGCCCGAGGACGAGGUGUACCUGGCAGGCUCCAGCAUAGCUGGUCAACUGGUUCUGAAGCUUAGGAGCACCCUGGUGGACCCUGUGGUGAAGGUGGAGCUGGUGGGAAGAGGCUACCUGGAGUGGAAUGAGGAGGAAAACCCCCACCUGGACUACAGCAGGAGCACUGUCUGCAGGAACCAGGCUAUUUAUGUCUCCAAAGCACAGAAUUUCCAUGUAGAUGAUGGCUGGCUGGAUUCUGGGGUCCACACCUUUGACUUCCACUUCAGCUUUCCUCCGGGGCUUCCCUCGACAUUCACUAGCAAAAUUGGCCUCAUCUCAUACUUUAUUCAAGGGACUUGCAGUGGCCGUGAAAUUGUUUUAGCUAAAGAGAAGAGAUAUUUACUGUUGCAAGGAACCUUUGGCAACCAAGGAGAAGAUGCCUCACUGAUGGUGGAAGCUAGGAAGGAUGCAGUUUAUCUCUGCUGCUUCAGUCAUGGUUCUGUGAUCCUUCGGAUUUACCUAGAGAAAAACAUAUUUUCCCCUGGUGAAACCAUUGUCUUCAUGACAGAUAUUUCCAACAGGACAUGCAAGUACAUUAGAAAGCUAGUUUUUGCGGUGCACUGCAUUGUCCUGUACAGGGGCUUCAACAGCAGGGGAGAACAACGCUCCUUGGAAGACCGAAGUGAAGUGGCGAGGCUCGAGUUCUGGACAGACACGGCCCCCUUCCAGGUCAUGCGAGUCACCAGCAAGCUGGUUCUGCCAAAGCCGCUGCCUGUCACCAGCACACUCACGGAAAAUGAAAUGAUGUCAUUCAGGUAUGAGCUGGUAGGGACUUCUAACCUUCCUUGUACCACAUCCACCAUGGUAGGCAGGAUACCUGUCAUCGUAGCAAUACCUGAGAAUAUCUCUGAGGAGCAAAGCACCAUGAAUCCAAGUGAAAAUGAAGGUGACAAAUCAGAGGGGAAUACCCUUGACAGAGACAUUUCUGAGAAGGACCAAGAAACAAUUGAAAUCAAAUCCAGUGAAUAA